CAUCUGCUCGGUGGUGUUUGAGAGCAGGAUGGGAUGUUUGGAGCAGAAAGUUCCAGAAGAGACUCAGAAGUUCAUCUGGUCUGUAGGAGAAAUGUUCCGUUUGUCUCCCAUCAUAGUCCUCUUCCCUAGAUCUAUGUGGCCUUACCUGCCCUACUGGAACACCUUUGUCUCCGUCUGGGAUCACCUCUUUCUAGUCUCUGAGGAGCUGGUCCAGAAGAAGAUGGAGGAGCUGGAGCAGCAGCACCAGGAGGAUGUGGACCUGGAAGGUGCGUACCUGACUCACCUGCUCCUCAGCCAGCAGAUGAGCAUGUCAGAGAUCCUGGGCAGCGUGACGGAGCUCCUCCUGGCGGGUGUGGACACGACCUCCAACACCAUCUCCUGGGCUUUGUACCACCUGGCCAGGGAGCCCGCCAUCCAGGAGAGGCUGCACCAGGAAGUGCUGCGCAUUUGCCCCGCCCACAGGAUGCCCGACGGUGAGGACGUGGCCAAGAUGCCCUACCUGAAGGCGGUGGUGAGGGAGACCCUGAGGAUGUAUCCUGUGGUGCCAGGGAACGCUCGCCUUACCGUGGACGGUGACAUCGUGGUGGGAGGACAUCUUUUUCCUAAAGGGACUCUCUUCCACCUGUGUCACUACGCCGUGUCGAUGGACGAGAGCGUGUUCCCCGACCCGCACGCCUUCCUGCCGGAGCGAUGGCUACGGGGCGGCGAGGAGAAGGCCAAGCCACACCCCUUUGGAUCGGUGCCGUUCGGCUUCGGGGUGCGGGCGUGUCUGGGCCGGCGUGUGGCGGAGCUGGAGAUGUACCUGCUGCUGGUCACGCUCAUCAAAGAGUUUGAGGUGAGGCCCGACCCCGCUGGGACCGUCGUCACACCCAUCACCAGAACCCUCCUGUGCCCGGCCACGCCCAUCAACCUCCUCUUUGUGGACCGCUGAGGUGAGGAGGCGGAGUCUCUAUGCCACACCUGCACUUCCUGUUGCCACGUUGGACACAAACUCACAUUUUCUUAUUCGUAUUUCAUAUUAGAUAUUUCAUAUUUCCAUCCAUCCAUUUUUGUCCGCUUAUCCGAGGUGGGGUCGCGGGGGCAGCAGCCUAAGCAGGGAAGCCCAGACUUCCCUCUCCCCAGCAACUUGGUCCAGCGCCUCCCGGGGGAUCCCGAGGCGUUCCCAGGCCAGCCGGGAGACAUAGUCUCCCCACCAUGUCCUGGGUCUUCCUCGCGGUCUCCUACUGGUCAGACGUUCCCUAAACACCUCCCUAGGGUGGAAUCCUGACCAGAUGUCUGAACCACCUCAUCUGGCUCCUCUCCAUGUGGAGGAGCAGUGACUUUACUCUGAGAUCCUCCCGGACGGCAGCUCUUCUCACCCUAUCUCUAAGGGAGAGACCCGCCCCCUAACAGGGGAUACUCAUUUUGACCGCUUGUACCCGUGAUCUUGUCCUUUCGGUCAUAACCCAAAGCUCAUGACCAUAGGUGAGGAUGGGAACGUAGAUCCACCGCUAAAUUGAGAGCUUUGCCUUCCGGCUCACGACGGAUCGAUACAGCGUCCGCAUUACUGAAGACGCCGCACUGAUCCACCUGUCGAUCUCACCAUCCACUCUUCCCUCACUGGUGAACAAGACUCCCAGGUACUUGAGCUCCUCCACUUGGGGCAGGGUCUCCUCCCCAACCUGGAGAUGGCACUCCACCAUUUUCCGGGUGAGAACCAUGGACUCGGACCUGGAGGUGCUGAUUCUCAUCCCAGUCACUUCAAUC